AUGUCUGCUAAUAUCUCAUCUCUCGAAUCCCUUGCAUUAAAUAUUCUAAAAAAUUCAUUCUCAGAAAAGAUUGCAGAAGGCGUUGAUGUUUCAGAACUAAACCCAUGCUCGUUAUUAUGUAACAAAGAACUUUUUUUGUAUGAAAUAAAAACCCCAAUUACCAUACUCACCUGUGGCCACGCAUAUCAUCGUGGUUGCAUCGAAACUUCUAUCAAAAAGCAUUCAAUAUGUCCAAGACCUAAUUGCAAGAAAGAGGUAGAAUUUACGGUUGAUGCUACGCCUAGAAGUCAGAAUACCAACGAUUUGAUGGAUAUAUCCCUGACAUUACUUAGUGACCCCAUAUAUCCAAGUUCGCCUAAAAAACGUGUUGGUGAAUAUACUGAUAAACUAUUCAGUAAGAAAGUGAAGAAGCCAGUUUCAAAGGAAGAUUCUCCUACGUUACAAAGACUAAUCAAAGAAUUGAGAACCGACGUUCCAGAGAAAACUUUGCCGACUAAACUAAUGUCUGAAUCGAAUGAGAACUCGAUCAAUUUUCUAGCUUUGUACCAAAAUAUAAUUAAUGCCGAAGAAACUAGUAAAAAAACGAUACAAGAAGUCAUUCUUCACUAUUUCUAUUUUGGAAAAGCACUCGAGGAACGAUUCAAUCACUAUAAAAAAAACAAUCCUAAACGUACGGUUCAAGGGUUAGUUAAUAAUGAGGUUAGAGUUCAACUUUCAUCGACUAAAGCAGAGGAAGUUUUAUACAAAGCGCUGGAGAUCGUCGCUUCUGAAAAUAAUGUGAAGGCUCAGAAAUUAUUAGUAAAUUUUAACGAACUUAUCAACUCUACCUCAGUGAAAACUUAUUGGAAUGGUGUUUAUGUCCGCGAUGAGAGAAAUCAAACCCAAUGUAUUAAAAAUAUAUUGAAAGAAAAAGAGGAUCAAGAAGUUUGUCAAAUAAAAUCUAAUGUAUUAGACGAGCACAUUAUUGAAAGCGAUCUUGUAUUAAAAAGAAAACGACAAAAUCGGAAGCAUGCAGAUAAGGAGGGAGAAUGCUCUACGAGGGAACUGAGAGAUAUUUCACCUGUUGAUUACAAUGAAAAUUUGAAUGAAACUAACCUUUCUGAGUCGGAUCACGAAGAGAAGGAGAUCGAUAAAAGAAAUCGGCAUGAAUCUGAUUAUGAUAAUGACUAUGAACCAAAUAAUAACUCUUCUAUUUCCUCCGAUUCGGACUAUUAUCAGAAAAAAAAGAGGAAGAUCAAUAAAGGAAAACAAAUGGAAUUAAAAGCAACAGCGAAAUGUGAUAACGGAAGUGCCAGGUCCUUAAAUUCUAUAUCAAACAAUAUAACAAUAUCACAAGAUUCAUCAAUGUUGAUAAAUCGAGAACUAUUACCGACUGUGAUAGUUACAAACCCUACCACCCAAACCCCGAGGACUCCACCGCCAAGGCCUAAUGUUAAUAUACAGGUUACUCCUCAAAAGUCAGUGCUUUUUAAGGAAUCUAUUACGUAUCUACAAAAUCAUAUAGAAAUAGAUAUAAAUGAUCAAGGGAUGAUCAUAAAAGACAAUCACAUUUCGGAAAAAAUUUCUAGUAUGGUUCGUAAUUGGCUUAUAAUGACAUUGACAUCACCAAAAGAGGAGUUUGUCAAAGCAACCAGGACUCCUUUAAGCUUAGAAGCAAGUACAAAAGAUCAUGAUUUUCGUCAAAUUUGCGAGUUUGUCCUUUAUGACUUUUAUUUUAUGACAAUGAAAGGUCCUCUCAAAAGAGACAUUGGUGAACGUACGUAUAUCGUCGAAAGGAUUGUUCCGCUGUUCAAAGCGAUUCAAUCGGUACACAAUGAAUUCAAAUUUCAUUGGAUAGAAGUUGAAUUAGAUUGCAUGAGAGAAGUUAAGAAGAUAUUUCCAAAGUUCGAUUUGCCUAUAAACCAAGCUGAUGGUUUGGGAGUACGAAAUUCGAGCAACAAAGCUGUUAUUUUUAUCGAAGUAGCAGGUGGUCCCGAAAACAUAGAUCCACAACACGUGAAAGGAGAUUCGGAGAAGCUUUUGAAAGAAGCUGUAUUUGGUCUUGUUUCCUUAUUACGAAAUUAUUUGGACAGAAGCGCGGAAGAAUCGAAGCAGUUAUGCACAUUCAUAAUUCAAAGCAUUGGUGACCGGUUAACGCUUAGUAAAUUAUGCCUUAUAAGUAAACAUCUUUACAAAGUUUCGCAGAUCAAAUCUGCAACUCUUCCAUUUGAAUUCAUCGAUGUAGCGAAUUUUAUGGCAGUCUUUGAACUUCUUUACAAUCUUAUAGAAAGUAUCUUUAAAUAUGCUGAAUAUAGCGAGCUCGAGAUUCAAACAGGAGUAAUUAAUAAAUUAAGAUUAUCUGAAUCAGUCGAUGGCAUCACUGUACCAAGAAUUCGUGAUUGGAUUUGGCUACCAGAUUCGGUUUCCGCAUGGGAAUGUAAAGAGAUUCAGAAUGAAAAUUCAUGA